UUAAUAUUAAUUUGAGUUUGUCAGUUUGAGUUUGUGAAACAAAAUGGAGGCGGUUGAUAGAACAAGGAAGGAGUUGUUUAGCACUUUGAAGGACAAAAGUUCCAGAUAUUGGGAGCUCAUGAAAAGUUGGUACAAAAGAAGGAUAUCUAAAGAGGAUUUUGACGCGAAAGCCAAGUCUUUAUUGGGAGAUGAAGGAAUACAACUACAUAACGAGUUCUUGUUUGCAAUACUGGUGAAAUGUCAUGUUGGUGUUCCUAACGAAUUGGGACCAAAUGUCAUGCAAGAGUCAAUAGUUGUUUCUGUUGGUGGAACAGCACAAGAAGAUUCCAAACGUUUAAAACUUGAUUCGUCACAUCCUACAGACACAACACCCUAUGGUGCGUUUGACAGAUUGACACUUCAAGUUCCAUCAAGUACAUUGAUAUGUGGCAAAGAUCUAGACAGGCUUUUAUUGUGUUGUCAUGAACUCUUAUUGCCUGACCCAGCUACACUUCAGGUGAGGAUGCUAUUAGAAGCAUGGGAAUGUGGUUUGGAAGGUGUAUCUGAAGUCUCUGUGCAGUAUAUGAUGAUAGCUACUAAGUAUUUUCUAAAGAAUAUUAUUGCAGCAUGCAUUGCAAAUACUACUUUAACUGAAAGGAAUUUCCAGAAAGACACUGUUUUCCAGAAGGACGAUGAAGUAAUAGAUUUCAUGUCUGGCCACAGUAAAUCGUUACAAUCUGAAGCUUUACAAGCUCAACACUUUUCCAAGACACACCAAGGAAAAUUUUCAUCAUCAAUAACACUGUUUCAUUUGAGAGACACAUUACUUGCGAGUGGUAGUGUGUGCAUUCCUAAUCAUUUUGUACGCCACUGCUUGCUAGAAAGAAUAAUAUCAAGACUCUGGCAUCCUGAUAAAGAUGAAUUGAAAUGUAAGCAAUCUAUUCAACAGUGGCAAAAGACAUAUACUCUACAAUAAUAACAAUAAUUUGCAACACACCCAACAUGUCACAUUAUUGUCAUAAUUCUUUGAUUGUUUGUACAAUAUCUGGCUUUAAAAUGAGAUCAUAUUUAUCACCACAUGAAA